GGAGCUCCGGCGGCUCGCGCGGGGUUCGCGCGCCUCUCCAACUGUCCUUCAGAAGGCGGGGAGCGCGCGCGGGAGGAACUUCACUGACAGACGGCCUUCCUUGAACAUGAACUUACCUCAGGAGCGCUGAUUUAUCUGCUUACACCUCAGCCACGGCGUUUCGCGAACCCUUGAGAGAAAAACCUCUCUGAAGAGGAUAUUUAAUCCUAAACAUUUGUGCUUGACGCGCGCUGUCAGUCAGAAGAGCGCGCUGAGGUAACGUAAAAACCAACGGAUUUCAUUCCGCCGCCACGGGCUUCGACUCCGCGGGGUUCAUUAUAAUCAACAUCUCCAGAGGUUCCUCUGAUUGUUAUUUCACCUGAUUGGCGGAUUUCUGCCUGGUUUCGACUGUUUGUAUGAUGGGAAGAAGUCAAAAGACUGCGAGAGGAGACCGAGGCGGAUCGGGAUUCUUACCGCAGAUGAUCACGGUGUUCGUUUUUACUCUUUCAUCGCUCGUCAGCACCGGAGCGGCUCAAGAUGACGACUAUCUGGGAUUGGGUGAACUCCCGGAGACGUUCCCCUCGGAUCCGCCCGAGCCGCUCCCGCACUUCCUGAUGGAGCCGGAGGAGGCGUACAUCGUCAAGAACAAGCCUGUUAACCUUUACUGCAAAGCCACGCCGGCCACGCAGAUCUACUUCAAGUGCAACAGUGAGUGGGUCCAUCAGAAGGAGCACACGGUGGAGGAGCGCGUGGACGAGACCUCGGGUCUGGUGGUGCGCGAGGCCAGUAUCGAGAUCACCCGUCAGCAGGUGGAGGAGAUCUUCGGUCUGGAGGAUUUCUGGUGUCAGUGUGUGGCCUGGAGCUCAGCGGGAACCACCAAGAGCCGCAAAGCCCACGUCCGGAUCGCCUAUCUCAGGAAAACAUUCGACCAGGAGCCUCUGGGAAAGGAAGUGUCGCUCGAACAGGAAGUGCUUCUCCAGUGCCGCCCGCCAGAAGGAAUACCUGCUGCUGAGGUGGAGUGGCUGAAGAACGAGGAGAUCAUCGACCCCGCAGACGACAGGAACUUCUACAUCACCAUCGACCACAACCUGAUCAUCAAACAGGCGCGUCUGUCCGACACCGCCAACUACACCUGCGUCGCCAAGAACAUCGUGGCCAAACGCCGCAGCACCACGGCCACCGUCAUCGUCUACGUGAACGGCGGCUGGUCGACGUGGACGGAGUGGUCAGUGUGCAGCAGUCGCUGUGGGCGGGGCUAUCAGAAGAGGACACGCAGCUGCACCAAUCCCACGCCUCUGAACGGAGGAGCCAUCUGUGAGGGUCAAGCCAUCCAGAAACUGGCCUGCAACCCACUGUGUCCAGUGGACGGUCUGUGGACGGAGUGGAGCAAGUGGUCGACGUGUGGGACAGAGUGCACUCACUGGAGACGGCGCGAGUGCAGCGCUCCAGCCCCCAAAAACGGAGGCAAGGACUGCGAGGGAACGGUGCUGCAGUCCAAGAACUGUACGGAUGGGCUCUGUAUGCAGAGUGAGUGCCACCCUUCCUCCUCCUCUUCCUCUUUCACAGCACAACCACAUCCAGAAAUCCCAUCCGUCAUGUCGACAGUCAUUACCCCCGCCAAAGGGAAUGAGUCGAAGAAGGAACCCGCACCCCGCCCGUGUCCAUCAUCAUGUGGAGCAACCAUCUCGUGCAGGGAUCCCCAUCCCAUGUGCAUCGUGUGCAUGGGCGCUAAGCACGCUCAAACGUCGCUUGUGGACCCACAAACGUGCGUUCACUGUGCGUCAUUGCCGGUUAAAAUUUUAGAGAGAAGGCUGAGAGUGGCGGUGGCUAGCCAGCAGGACCCAUGUCUGACUGGAGCCAUCGCGAAAACUAAGGCUAACGAUCAUCAGCGAGCUACCACGACGAGCUGGGCUGAGAUGAUGGAAGCCGAAUCCCCGGAUAUGCCUCCUCUGUUCAAUGGCCUUCUCGCACACGAGGAGGAGGAGCCGGGAGACGAGGACGCAGAGGGUGAUGCUAACUCUGACCUCCUCGACUUGGACAUGGACGAAGAAGAGGAGGAAGACAACGCUCUCUUCCCCGUCCAGCAGUCGAGACCUCCUAGCGCGACUGACGCUGGCUCUCAGGCAGACAGUAACCUGCACGAGGAGAUGUCCCGCCAUUGGGGUAGCCCCUUUAAGAGCAAACUCCCGACCAAGGGAUGCUCUAAACUUGAGAUCCAAGGGAUGGUGGAGCUGGGGCUGGCCGGACCCCCAGCGAUAGAGUCUUCAGUGGCCUAUCACCUCCAUCCGAAUCGCCGAUCUAUUUCUGCCUCUUCCCAAAUUUCACUGCCGAACAACAUGGAGCGUCUGACCGCGUCAGUCUAUCAGAGGAUGUACAAGUAUGCGGCGCAGUCAGUGUGCUCGCUGAACGCGGUGACUUUACUGUCAGCGUACCAGGCGGAGAUUUUGGAGGAGAUGGGGCGACAAUUAGAUACGGGAGUGCCGAACCCAGCUCUCCGGGACGAGAUAUGUGUGGUAAACGACCUGAUUCUCCGCUCUUCUCGUGGCGCUGUUCAGGGCUGUGGCCGUGUUAUGGGCUUGGCCGUUUCAGGUGAGAGAGCGUUAUGGCUGAACCUGUCUGGAUUAAGUGACGCUCAAAAAGCUGAGGUGAUGGACGCUGCGUUCGACCCAACUAAGGGCCUUUUCGGACCAGCUCUCGAGAAAAUGAGAGAAACCAGCACCCUCAGGAAACAGGAGGACGAGGCUUUUAACCUCCGUUUACCGCGCAAACAAACACUGCGACCACCCUCUCAGCCAGCACGUGUGUUUGUGUGUGUAGCGGAUCUCCUCACAGCUCCUCCGGAUCUGACCUCGGCUGCUGCCAUGUACAGAGGUCCUGUUUACGCCCUCCACGACGUCUCUGAUAAGAUCCCCAUGACCAACUCUCCCCUGCUGGAGCCGCUGCCCAACCUGAAGAUCAAGGUGUAUAACUCGUCCGGUCUGGUGACGCCGCAGGAGGACCUGUGUGACAUCUCUCCCAAACUCGACAGUGACACCGUCAGCCGCCGCACACACACACUCCUGCGCUCCUGGGACCCCUCCUGCACCGCCUUCGGCUCCUUCAACGCCCUCGGGGGCCAUCUGAUUGUGCCCAACUCAGGCGUGAGCUUGUUGGUGCCAGCGGGGGCCAUCCCUCAGGGCCGUGUCUAUGAGAUGUACGUGACGGUUCACAGGAAGGAGAGCAUGAGGCCGCAGGUGGACGACACACAGGAGACGGUCCUGAGUCCGGUGGUCAGCUGUGGUCCUCCUGGGGCUCUCCUGACUCGACCCGUCAUCAUCACCAUGCACCACUGCGCCGAGGCCCACAGCGAGGACUGGCUCAUUCAGCUCAGGAGCCAAUCACAGCAGGGCCAGUGGGAGGACGUGGUGGUGGUGGGCGAGGAGAACUUCACCACUCCCUGCUACAUCCAGAUGGACGAGGAAGCGUGUCACAUCCUGACGGAGACGCUGGGCACGUACUGUCUGGUGGGUCAGUCGGUCAGCGCCGCUGCCGCCAAGAGACUGAAGCUGGCCAUCUUCGGGCCGGUCAGCUGCACGGUCCUGGAGUACCACAUCAGAGUCUACUGUCUGGACGACACACAGGACGCGCUCAAGGAGGUGCUUCAGAUGGAGAAGCAGAUGGGAGGGAAGCUGCUGGAUGAACCCAAGUCUCUGAACUUCAAUGACAGCACACACAACCUGCGUCUGUCUCUGCACGACGUCCCACACACCCUCUGGAAGAGCAAACUCAUCGCCAAAUACCAGGAGCUGGCGUUCCAGCAGGUGUGGAGCAGCUCUCAGAGGAACCUGCACUGUGUCUUCACUCUGGAGCGCUUCAGCUCCUCCACACUCGAGCUCUGCUGCAAGCUGUGUGUGCGUCAGGUGGAGGGAGAAGGACAGAUAUUCCAGCUCAACAGCACACUCUCUGAGGACUCUCAGUGCAUCGACACGUCUCUUCUGGAUCCGGCCAGUAACAUCACCACACUGGUGGGUCCCAACGCCUUCCGGAUCCCGCUGUCCAUCCGACAGAAGCUGUGCGGGAGUCUGGACGCUCCACAGACCCGCGGGAACGACUGGAGGAUGCUGGCGCACAAACUCAACCUGGACAGGUAUCUCAACUACUUUGCCACCAAGUCGAGUCCGACCGGCGUGAUCCUGGACCUGUGGGAGGCGCAGCACUUCCCCGACGGCAACCUGAACCGUCUGGCGGCGGUGCUGGAGGAGAUGGGACGUCACGAGAACAUCAUGAGCGCCGAGCACUGACACCGUCCCUUGAGAUCGCCGCCGGAUCACUGUGAGCUGCUCUGAAAACGUACGGUUCCUGCUGCAGCCGUUUGCUUUUCUGGUUAGUGGUAUCAGUUUCUUAGGAAACGCGACUUCUGCUGUCCAAAUACUGGACCUCCGGCUUCCCGCCGUCUGUCCUGGACAUCACGUGACUCACAUCCGUCAUGGCGGUUCGUCCCCUGAAAACACUUGGAGGUACCUUUCUAUGAACACGUGUUGAGAAAUGCCUUUAUUUAUACU